CAUCUCUCUCUCCCAGCUCCUUUCCUCUCCGAAGCUGGCCCUUGAGACUUCACCUCCACCUGCCGUUUGCAGCCUCUCCUCCUGGAUGCUCCUGGACUCCAGGGUCUAGCGGGUGCUUCCCACGAGGGUUCUUGAGGAAAGUGAGUGACAUGAAACUCCAAGGAGUGAAGUGAGAAGUCCACAGGGACCCCUAGCCAUGGCCGGCCUGCGGUACGGCCGCCCCAACUGCAUCAGGGCAGCGUUUGGUGCCCUCAGCGCCAGGGCCGGCUUCCGGAAGAGGCAGAGAAACAUGCUCCAUCGCCUCAAGUUUUUAGAUCCUUAUGGUGACUCAGAAGACACCCCCGGUCACUCCUCCUAUAGCUUCAAAGACUGUUUUCUGGGCAGUGUGCACUGUAACGUGCCUUCGCAUACACCGAAGUCCAGGAGUCCAGAAGAAGUGAACUUAGAAGACCCUCUCUCCUUGAAAAUUCCAGACCUCGUCAAGAAAGCUGCCGGCUGGGCCCCCGCAUCCCUGGGGGCCAACGAUGUGGACAUGCAGCCUGUGGAGGCCAGCGGUGCUGAGGCGCGAGGGUGGGCAGCCAGGCUUCCCGGGGCUCCAGAGGACACGAGAAUGACCGGGGAAGUCGGGGGGUCCAAGGCAGCCAGCCCCCUGCUCCCUGCCGCGGGGGCCCCCCAGACGGGCAGACACACUCAGGGCAGAGCCAGAGUGUCACAGCAGGUGCCCAGGCCGCCACCCAGACUGGGGAGUGAGAGGGACAAGGGGCCCCGGCUCUCACUGUCCAAGAGGAAACUGGAACUGUUACUGCCAGAGCCUGAGAAAAGCAAGAGGAAGAGGCAGUAUGUGGCCUAGGCCGGGGUAAGCAGUCAGCCCAGGAAGGGGUGCUGG